AUGAAGGUCCAGCGCCCACAGAGACCCUUCAGAGUGGACAUCUCAGAGCUGGGACUCAAAGAAAGAGUUGCCAAAGAUGAGCCCAAGCCGAGCCCUCUCAUCCGGGAGGCGCGCCUUGCCGGCGUCCGCCAAGGCCGAGGCGCGGCGGCGGCUGGAGGCCGAGGGGCGGAGGCUCGGGGCGGAGGGAGCGGGGAGGGCGGGACGGGGGGCGGUGGGGAGGUGGGGCCGGCGGCGACGGGCGGGCGGCGAGCGAGCGGCUGCAGCUGCUGCCGGCGUCUCGGGGGCUCCAGGCUGUGGGUGGACGCCGCGCCGAGCGAUCCACCGCCGAGCCGCGCGAGGCCGCGGGAGCCCCGGCUUCGGCCCGGACUGAGCGAGCGGGCGAGCGAGCGCCGCGCGUCCCUGGGCCCCGCCGCCGUCGGGAGGACGCCCGCGCCCGGCAAGUUGCAGGCGCGUUGCUCCCGGGGAAAGUUUCCCCCGCGGCCGCCCGAGGAAUUGGCGCGGACUCCGCCGCCGGAAGUUUGUCCUGAAGCCACCAGCUCAAGACCACAGCCAAUACCGUGGACCAAAAAGGACAGAGGCCAGCUGAAAGGUAUGGCUUAGCAGUACAGUGGGG